AUGUUUUGGAAGAGCUUACGUGCUUUCUUGGGACGUUUGCCCUUAUUGGUAGGGGUUGAGGUUACGCGCUGUGGUGUGAAUUUUGUGGGUGAUGACUCCCUGAAGCAGGCCGGCAAGGCCGUUGCUGCACCCAUGAUGGAUUUCUACAAGAAGAAUGAAACCGAAGGCAUUCCCGGCAAACUCACCGACACAUGGUAUGUGGCCGGGAGCAUGUUCAUGACGUUAAUUCAAUAUUGGCAAGCGUCCGGCGAUGACACCUACAAUGCCGUCGUAUCGAAUGAUUUAAUGUUCCAAGCGGGCGAGAAUUAUGAUUACUAUUCUAAGAAUGUUAGCGACUGGUUGGGCAACGACGACCAAAUGUUCUGGGGUCUAGCAACGAUAACCGCCUCCGAGGCCGGAUUCCCGGAGAUCUCCGGCAAGCCCUCAUGGACAUCUCUUGCCCGCGUGGUGUUCAACAUGGAAGUAGAACGAUGGGAUAAAUCAGCCUGCAACGGCGGCAUGCGGUGGCAGCUCUGGCCCUACCAGGAAGGGUACACUAUGAAAAACGCAAUUUCAAACGGUGGGCUUUUUGAACUGGCGGCCAGACUGGCUCGAUUCACUAAGAAUGAGACCUAUUCGGAAUGGGCAGACCGUAUCUGGGACUGGUCGGCCAGCACGCCACUUCUACAAACUGAUCGUUGGUACAUCGCUGACUCAACGUCCAAUUUGAACAAUUGUAGCGAUGCGGGAGACCAGCAGUGGUCUUACAACUACGGCACGUAUCUCGCCGGCGCGGCUUUCAUGUAUAACCAUACAAAUGGCUCAGACAAGUGGCUCAAGCGUGUUGACGGCCUUCUAAAUUCUGUAUUGACGACCUUCUUCCCGAAAGAAGGUAACGGCGUUGUACUCUCCGAAGUUGCCUGUGAACCUAUCCUGACAUGCGACCGGAACCAGCUCUGCUUCAAGGGAUACGUCGCUAUGUGGUUAGCAUUCACGGCAAUUCUGGUUCCCUCAACGAGAGAGCUUAUCACGCCUAAGCUGCAGGGGUCCGCUGCUGCUAUCUCGAAGCAAUGUUCCGGGGGAGACCAAAACCUCUGCGGAGAACGGUGGUAUUCAACCGAGCCAGUGGGUCCAACUGGAUUGGAGGUCCAGAUGGCUGCCCUGGGUGGUAUCACGAGCAAUCUAAUGCUCUUCGAAGCGCAAUCACCCAAGACUAUCGAGUCUAACCCAAAUGCCACAGAAACCGAGAUCGACCACCAUAGUGAUGAGGAGCCGAAUAAGCCGAAGCCAAUUACUACUGGUGAUCGGGCGGGAGCGGGGAUUAUUACGGUCGUAGUCGCAAUCGCUGUGGCUGGGACUGUGGUAUGGAUGAUAGUACCGUAG